CAGCAGAUAUGGCAAUUUAAAGAGAUUCAUAGAGGAACACCUUAGGUGCAUUACUUAAUGGUGGUAAAGUAGGAUGGGGAGAAGUGAUAAAUGGUGGAUUAGUAUUAGAUGGUUCAGGUAUUUAAGAUAUUUUUAUUUUAGAUGAUGCGUCUAGAAGAACUAAGAUGAUGUUUUAUGGAUAAUUAAAUAUAUAAAUUACUUUAAUGGGAUGUUAAUAAUGGUGUAGGAAGAAUAUCUUGGUGUAAAAAUUAGAAUGCAUAAUUUAAUAUAAAAAGGUAGAUAGAAAUAGAACCACUAUUAAUAGUUACAAUUUCUUAUGUUAUGGAUGCAGUUGA